AUGAAGUCUUUGGUCACCAAGCGCCCUUGGCCUGUGCUGUUGCUACUGUUGCUGCUGCCACUGAAGCCGCAAGGGAAUUACUGGGAUUACGAAGAGUAUGAACUAAACCCGGAAUUACGUGACUACUUGAGGGAGCGUCAUCAACCAACGCCUACCAAACCACCCACCCUACAAAGAAUCAUAGAAAAGAUCAUUGCUGACCCUGACCGACCUUUCUACGGCGAGGAUUACUGCCGCACUGAACUCCUGUAUAAAAACCUUCACUAUAAGCUGCGCUGUUACCCAGAGUUCUACAUUUUAAACGUGCCCUUUUUUAGGCUACAACGCUCCUGUACAGGCGUGCGUGUGGAGUGUAACAACGGGGCCCAGUUCUGCAGAAGAAGCGUGGGAGUAAUGCCUGCGGUGCGGUGUGUCUUAGAAGGGGGAGAUACCGCGGGAAACUGCGAGUACCAGACCACCUUCGUCACAGGUUAUCCGGUUGUCACUUGUCAAUGGGACAACGACACCAAAUUAUUCGUUCCUAACAAUGUGCUUGAUGUCAUGCCAGCCGAGUAG